CACUACACUACAGAAGCAUAUUAUUUUUUCCUUUUUCAUUUCCCUCUUCGUGUCGCUUUUUGGCGGCUUUGAGCUUUUCGGUUUAGAACAUUCGCUCGAAUUUCUCUCGCGUACGCGCACACUCUCUUACUCUUUCUGUGUCUGAGAAUUUUUUUUUUUUGGUUUAAAUCUGUAGAUUCUGUGAGUUGAUGCUCUGGUAGAUCGGUGGGUUUGAGGUUGUGAGGGGUUUCUUCGCUGCCGAUAAUGAGUAGGGAAUGAUGCAUGCAGUGUUGCUUAUUUGGAAAUGGAUCGAGAAGCAAAUUUGAAUAAGAACUCUGCCAAUAUGAAGUGUCAAAGGGUAAAAGUAGAUGAAUCCUUUGUUCCUUCGUUGGAUGAAGCAGUAGAAGUUCAGCAUUUACUUGCAGAACAUAAACCUGAUCAUGCCUCAGUAGAUGGUGAUGCAUGGAAACACUUGGAUAUUGAGGAUUUCUCCUAUGGAUUUGAGUAUGGCCUAAAAAGAAAUUGUGGUGGGCUGGAUUGUAAUAAUGCUCAAGGGCAAGAGGAAUUAGAGUUUGGAGUUCUCGAUGGGCUGCUGGAUGAAGUUGAUGAAGUAGAUGAUAUUCAUGCAGCAAAUGACAUCUCUGGGGCAUGCAAAGAUUUUCUUUUGGAUGUUGAAUUGGCUGAAAAGAUUUCUGACCUUGAUUGUGCUCCACAUGGAAGAUUGCAUUUGGGAAACACAAGUUCAGAAAGUCAAUCUCCAGGAUUUAGUGGAAGUAGCAAUGACACUCAUGGGUUGUCAGAAUCAUCAACAGCAACUAUUCUGGGUUCUGAAUGCAAGAAUAGUUCAGUUGAGAACAAGAUGGUCAAAUGUGAAUUAAAUGACUCAUUUGGGGACAAAUGGGAUUAUCAUGCUCAGGAAAAUGUGUUCACUACUUCACGUGAUGUAGAAAAUCUUGAUGAGUUGGAUGAUGCAAAACCUUUAGAAAGUGGAAUAUCAUCUGAUGAUAAUGAAAAGAAACCUGUCCAAACAAGCAAAAUGAGCACUCUUCUCAGACAGAAGAGAUUGCGCAAGCCUACCAAGAGGUACAUUGAAGAAUUUUCAGUUCCGAAGUCGAAACAUGCAAUGGAAAGACAAAAAAUUUUGGCUGUUGAUUCAAAGGAUAAAUGCCUGACUAUCAGGUCCCAUAAUGAACUUCAUCAUGGGGGAGCACUGACAUUGAUCAAGGAGGAGUCGUUGAGUGAGACAAUUACUCAAGAAACACUUGAUGAUGAUGAAAAACUUUCAGAUCUGAAGUCAAAGUGUAUCAGCGGGAGACAAAAAAUUUCUUCUCCUGCUUUAAAGCAUAAAUGCUUGAAGAUUGGAUCUCGUAAUGAACUUCAUCACCUGAGAGGGUUCAAAUCUGUUCCCAGGGAGGAGUCUUUCACGGGCAUUAGUACUCAGGCAUCAUUUGAAUCUCGGCCACGGAGGGGACGUCCUAAGAAACGCCCAGUUCCUGAAUCUGAUGAUGAACAUAAUGCAUCUGAGUCUGAAGAUGAUCGUGCAAAGAGAAGAAAAUCAAAGAAGAGUGCUGACCGAAGGAAGCAUCAAAGAAUGUGGACUCUUUCUGAGGUGAUGAAGUUGAUUGAUGGUAUUGCUCAAUAUGGAACUGGGAGAUGGACUGAUAUAAAGAAGCUUUUGUUUUCAUCAUAUGCAUAUCGCACACCUGUAGAUCUGAGGGAUAAAUGGAGAAAUCUUCUAAGAGCUAGCUCUGUGCAGAAGCAGAAACUGAAACAGAACAAAGAGGUUGAACAAAAGCUGAAGCAUGCAAUGCGCCCUUUACCAAAGUCUGUGAUACACCGAAUUCGUGAGCUAGCCACAGUUCAUCCGUAUCCUAGGUUUACUCCUGGUGGAAGAUACAUACGUAGGAAGAAGAAUUGACUUGAAGACCCAUUUUUCAGUCAGCGUUAAAAACAUGGUAGGAAAUUUAGUUGUAAAAAAGCUAUGUUUUCAUCUGUUUUUUUUUUUGCUAUGCACAUACACAUCAUGUUCUCAAAUCCGCAAAGAUAGUCGACACAGAAUGUGGUGAAUGUUGCUUAGGGAGUGGCCCCAAAAUAUCCAAUUGUAAUAGCCGGGGUUAUGGCAAACUGAUGCUUAAACAAGCGCAUGUUUUUCUUUUUCAAACCUGAGUUGUUUCAGAUUGUAACUGCCCUUCUAUAUUGACAAGGCAUACAAGUACAUGUUAUGGGCUUUGUCACUUGUCUCCCACAGAUUUAGUGGGUGUUCUUAAUCAUGUCAGCCAAUUCAAUAAGAAAUUUGCAUAUAGUUAUGUUUAAUGUUA